UUUUCUUUUCGGAAAACAACACGACCUUUCUUCUUCAGUUCUUCUACUGCAUAAAACCCCUUCAUUUCAUCACUCUCCAUCCAUAACAAAACCUGUAACAAUGAAGAACAACAACACUCAAAACCCAUCAAUCACAACACUUUUCAAACUCUUCAACGCCCCAUUACACAUAUCAAACCUUCUCUCUUUAAUGCUCUUCUUCUUUUUCGGUUUAUGUUUCGGAAUUAUUAUAACUUUUCACCUCAAAAACAUCUCAUUCAACCUCCAAUUCACCCAAUUCACACACUUCUCUCACUCCAACGCCACCCUUGCUGACGUCUCCUAUCUAGCAACACAAUCACCACCACCACCACCGGCGGAAUUAGAAUUAGAAUUGGAAGCAACAACACCGGUGCCGGAGAAAGUGGGGUUGAAGAAUUAUUUAACGGUGCCGGAACCGAUGCACGAUAUGACGGAUGAAGAGUUGUUGUGGAGAGCAUCGAUGGUGCCGAAGGUGAGAGAUUAUCCGUUUGAGAGAACGGAAAAGGUGGCGUUUAUGUUUCUGACGAGAGGUCCGGUGGUUUUGUCGCCGUUGUGGGAGAAGUUUUUCAAAGGAAAUGAUGGGCUUUUUAGUAUUUAUGUUCAUAGUUCUGAUUCGUCGGCGAAUGUGACGGUGCCGGAGGAUUCUGUUUUUUAUGGCCGGAGAAUUCCCAGCAAGGAUGUUGAAUGGGGAAAAGUCAACAUGAUUGAAGCUGAACGUCGAUUGCUAGCAAACGCGCUUCUUGAUUUCUCAAACCAACGCUUCGUUCUUCUCUCUGAAUCCUGCAUUCCGUUAUUUAAUUUCUCCACUGUUUACACGUACCUAAUUAACUCAAAACAUAACUUUGUGGAGUCCUAUGAUCUAGAGGGCCCCGUUGGUCGUGGUCGCUAUAGCCCAAAAAUGGCUCCCACUGUGGAUAUCGAGGAAUGGCGAAAAGGGUCACAAUGGUUUGAGAUGAACCGUGACCUAGCCAUUGAGGUGAUAUCUGACAAAAUGUAUUUUUCGGUUUUCCAUGACUUUUGCGACGGUCAGUGUUAUGCUGACGAGCAUUACUUGCCAACGUUUGUUACCAAGAUGUUCGGGGAAACAAAUUCUAACAGGACUUUGCAUUUUGUUGAUUGGGCGAAAGGUGGCCCUCACCCUACACGGUACACGAGAAAUGAUGUGACUGAAGAGUUUUUAGAGGAGUUAAGAAACGAUAAGAGUUGUGAGUAUAAUGGAAAGGAAAACCAAAUAUGCCACUUGUUUGCAAGGAAGUUCACAUUUCAUGCGUUGGAUAGAUUGUUAAGAAUUGCACCAAAACUUAUGCAAUUCAACCUAUAACAUUCUUUGAAAAUAUUAAUUUUUGAAUUUUUUCUUCAAAUUAUUUUAUUCUUUUACAUAUUGAAAAUCUACUUCAAAUGGGAAUGCUCCUUCCUAUUCUUUUAUUCUUGGAUUUAUUUGAUGUAUUGAGAUUAACUAUGUAUUGCUGAUCA